CUUGUCCAUAUUAGAUAACUUUUCCAAAAUUCUCUCCAUCUCUCCAGCAGUUGGUCUCUGACCUUUUGCCAUUAAGGAAAAAAAAAAUACAAAAUCCUCAGGCAGGCACAGUAUCCUUGUAAUUUCCUCCGGAUCCACCAGGGGGCACUCACAGGAGCAACGAGUCCAGAGUACAGUUAGUCAACCAGGAAGCCGAAGGGAAGUGAUGUCAUCAAAAUUCUCAUAGUGAAGGCGGAAGCUGGACGCCACCACUGUUCCCCAGAAGGAGGGGCCUCAAACCUUCCCUCCUAAAUUUCUCCAUCACCUCUUCUCUCCAGAGCUCCACAAAACCGGAUACAACUGCUGCUUGGAUUUCAAUAUUGCAUUGCUGAGCAAGCCACUUUCUCUACCCAAUUUGAUCAUGCCAAGGAUUUUAGUCAGUGCAAAAUGCAGCUGUCCUCAAGCAAAGCAAAUGAAGAUGGGUUUCACUGGAAAAUAUGAAAUGGAAAAUGAAGAAAACUAUGACAACUUUAUGAAGCGCCUAGGUCUUCCUCAUGAUACAAUUGAAAAAGGAAGAAAUUUCAAGAUCAUUACUGAAAUAGUACAGAAUAAUGAUGAAUUCACCUGGUCUCAGAUAUAUCCAGGAGGACACACCUUGACUAAUACAUUUGUUAUUGGCAAAGAAUCAGAAAUGGAGACAGUAGGAGGCAAAAAAUUCAAGGCAAUAGUUAGAAGAGAAAAUGGCAAAGUGAUUGCUGACUUCCCAAACUACCAGUAUACUGCAGAAAUCGCUGGGGAUAAACUUAUUGAGGUUUCUACAGUUGCUGAUAUAACCUUCAAAAGAAUUAGUAAGAAGCUGUCAUAAGAGGUUACUUGGAGAAGAAAUAAUCCAGUCCUUAGCCAUAUUGGAAAAUGAACAAAGUUA